CUUGCACAACUGUCGAAGUGCAUAUGCUUUCCUUGUGAGUGACACUUUUUAAGAAUGAGAUGAGGGUUUGAGACAAUGUAGCUAAUUUCGACCUUCGAGAGUCCAUUAUAUCGUGCAUUUGCGAGAGCUGAUAAAGCAAGGCCUGAGAGUUGUGUUUGCAUUCCUUUCUGUGGUGCUUGUAAGUUAGUGAAAUACUUGUGUGGUAGAAUGUGGGCUGCUUCAAAGUGAACAGACACUGGUGCUGAUCCUCUGAAUGCUGGGCCUACUAAUAAAGGCUUGUGCUGCUAUGUGCGACAUGUAGUUGCAGUGGACGUAGGACUGUAGUAUAUACGGGCCUUGAGUCCAAGGACGUGCUCAAAAGGAACGUCUUGUGUUUGAAACAGUAAUGUCAAUGUUGUACAAACACAGACGGCUUUUUCUAACCUCCUUACUCUGAUGAGUGUUUUGGCUGUAUGCUUUACUAUGUAUGUUUUACCCAAAGUUCCUGACUAUUGUGUUGUACAACUACUACUACUACUAAUGGAACCAAAACAUUAGUACUGAUAAUACUAAUAAUGUUUUGUAUCUGUGUGUGUUUUUAGAGAGAGAGAGAGAGAGAGAAUGGGGAAGAAGAAGACGUUAGCAGGUGAAAAGCAGUGCCUAGUGUUUGUUUUAGAAAAAGAGAGCUACUGUGUGACCGUUGGCGUUAGGCCCGCCUCCUCGCCUGUUCUCAACUAGGUCCUGUCGAGUGUGGAUAAAUAGGUGGGCGCUGCGCGAGAACUUUCAUUGAGCGGCUUGACUUUGAGAGCAGCGUUAUGUCUGGCAGAGGCAAGGGUGGUAAGGGACUCGGCAAAGGAGGCGCUAAGCGUCACCGCAAGGUGCUUCGCGAUAAUAUCCAAGGGAUCACCAAGCCGGCUAUUCGCCGUCUGGCUCGCCGUGGUGGUGUAAAGCGUAUUUCUGGUCUGAUCUAUGAAGAGACUCGUGGUGUACUGAAGGUGUUCUUGGAGAACGUGAUCCGCGACGCCGUCACCUACACCGAGCAUGCCAAGAGAAAGACUGUGACCGCCAUGGAUGUGGUGUACGCUCUGAAACGCCAGGGACGCACUCUGUACGGCUUCGGUGGUUAAACGCUCUAACACCGAACGACGCGAAUACAACGGCUCUUUUAAGAGCCACCCACAGGUCUAGAAAAAGAGCUGUUCCGUGUGGAAAAAAAGGCUUUUUCUUUCGUGAGGCAUAAGGCAUCAAACGCUGUACAG